UCCUGCCGCCGCCUCUGGGGUCUACAGCGUGAUUCGGCGCAGACAUGUGCCAAGUGGGCGAGGACUACGCGGACCCUGCGUCCGACGGUCCCCCGGCACCGCGACCUGGCCGUGAGCAGAAGUGUGUGAAGUGCAAGGAAGGCCUCCCUGUCGUGGUGAUCCGAGCAGGAGAUGCCUUCUGCAGGGACUGUUUCAAGGCAUUUUACAUCCACAAGUUCAGAGCUGUGCUUGGGAAGAACCGGCUGAUCUUUCCGGGUGAGAAGGUGCUCCUGGCAUGGUCUGGGGGACCUUCGUCCAGCUCCAUGGUCUGGCAGGUCCUUGAGGGCCUGAGUCGAGAUUCUGCCAAGCGACUGCGUUUUGUGCCAGCGGUUGUCUAUGUCGACGAGGGAGCAGCCUGUGGCCAGAGCCCGGAGGCCAGAGCAAAAACCCUGGCUGAGAUGAAGCUGAUCCUGCAGACCAUUGGCUUCCCGUGGCACGUCGUCGCCUUAGAAGAGGUGUUCGACCUGCCGCCAUCUGUGCUGCGCUGCUUUGCCCAGGAGCCGGUGGGGACUGAGGGGGCCUACAAGGCAGCCGUGGAUAGUUUCCUCCAGCAGCAGCAUAUGCUGGGGCCUGAGGGGGCUGGGGACAGCCUCAGCCCAGCCCAGGGGGAGGAACAGCUGAGCUGGCCCUGUACCCAGGACCCCCAGAAGCCCAAUAAGCUACCCACAGCUGCCCAGACUGAGGCUCUGUCCAGACUGUUUGACUCAGUGAAGACCCUGACGGCCAAGGAGGAGCUUCUGCAGACACUGCGGACCCACUUGAUCCUACAUGUGGCCCGGACCCAUGGCUGCUCCAAGGUGAUGACGGGGGACAGUUGCACGCGCCUGGCCAUCAAGCUCAUGACCAGUCUGGCGCUGGGGAGAGGGGCCUUCCUCGCCUGGGACACGGGCUUCUCAGACGAGCGGCACGGCGACGUGGUGGUGGUGCGGCCCAUGCGUGACCACACACUGAAAGAAGUCGCCUUCUACAAUCGCCUGUUUGCCGUCCCCUCUGUCUUCACGCCGGCCAUCGACACCAAGGCCCCUGAAAAGGCCAGCAUUCACCGACUGAUGGAGGCCUUCCUGCUCAGGCUGCAGGCCCAGUUCCCCUCCACAAUCAGCACCGUGUACAGGACGAGUGAGAAGCUGGUCAAGGCCCCCAGGGAUGGUUGUGCUGCCGGCCCCCCUGGCCCCCGCUGCCUGCUCUGUAUGUGCACACUGGACGUCGACACUGUUGACAGCGCCACGGCUUUUGGGGCUCAGACUCCCUUGCAUCUCUCCCAGAUGCAGCCCCCUGCCCCACUGCCCACGGUACCCUCCUGUUCUGCAGGGAUGGGCCGGGCACAGGGCUGCUGCUGGGUGGCCGGGUCCUGUGAGAGGGAGGACCCCCGAGCCCGUGUCGUUGAGCAGCUGUGCUAUGGCUGCCGUGUGAACAUGAAGGACUUGCCCUCCCUGGACCCCCUGCCACCCUACAUCCUGGCAGAAGCCCAGCUCCGCAGCCAGAGGGCCUGGGUCGAGCAGCAGAUCCAGGAAUAUCUGGUUGAGGACAGUGACAAUGAGGUGCAGACUGGUGAGAGCUGAGCCCGAGGAUGAACACCCCGGACCAGAGGCACCCAGGGUGCUGGGGCUGCCCCGCCGGGACCUCAGCAGGAAGGCAAGGACGGACAGGCAGUGCGUG